CGUGGAAGAGCUAAGAUGGCGAGUGGACGGCUGUGGUGGCUGCUAGGUAGCAGUGAUGCUGGUCAACAGCAAAACCGGUGCAAGGCGGCGGCGGGUUCUGGCGAUCACAUUGUCGACACGCUCCCAGAGGAGGGAGAUGCCCCUCGGCUCGCACCGGAGGCUGACAGUGAGCAGAAGUGGGAUGAUUCCGAUUCACUGUGGAUGUUGUUGCUGAAUUAUAUGGAAACCGCUGUGACAGGGCACAGACCGGGAUGUAGUGUUGCCAUGUUCAUCUGCUGUAAUGCACUGUUCUGGUUUCUAGCUUUAACGCCUUGGAGGUUUUAUUCCCUUCUUGCUUUGGGCUUCCUUUGGUUGGUUGUUAUGGAAACCAUGAAAGCUUUGGUUUUGUUCGCCGUGAAUGGUUGGAGGAGAAGCAAGAUCCUGAACGGAAGCUGUAAAGUGACUGAAAUGAAACAGGAAAACGCUCCAAAACUCAGCCAGUGCAUCACAGAGUCAUUGAUGAGUUGUACUAUGUUUUUUGAAGAGAUGUCCCAUUUCAAAAAGCAAAACCCUGGGAAGUUUUGUCUCCUUGUUUGCAGUCUCUGUACAUUUUGUGCAGUUAUUGGGCGCUACAUUCCUGGGGCACUGGUGUCAUACUUUGUGCUGUUAUGUAUCCUGUUGAGGCCUUUAAUAAACUAUUGUGAUUUUGGGCAAAGUAUUUACAACAAGAUGGAACCAGUUUUGCAGCGAUUGGAUUUUGGUCUAAGGGACUAUGUACAACAUUUGCAAGCAAGAUGGCAAAUGAAGCAAAAGGAAUUAGCUGAAAGAAAGUCAGAAGAUGAGAGUGAGGUGGAUACAUCUGCUCUUUGUCCCAAGGUAAGCAGUUCAGGAACUGGCAAAGAACUAUCUAUUUCUGACACUGAACCUUCAGAAACAUGGACAGAAAAUGGAACCUUUAACUUGUCAGAAGGUCAUACCCCACAGACAGAUGCCUCAGAUGAUCUAGAUCAUCCGAGUGAUCCUGAGGAAGCAUUCGCUAGAGAUCUUCCAGAAUUCCCUUCAGUUGAUGCUAAGGGAAUAAUAGAUGAUGAUGACUCGAGCAUUGGCAUCCCUACCCCACCGGUUCCCAACCUGGAACCCAGUGAAGUAAAUUCAUAUCAGGAAGGCAUCCGAACAGGAAUUGCUGUUGCUGGACUUCUCUUGAACUUGUCAAAUGAGCAGAGCUUCAACCUGGUCAGCACUAUGGCAACUGAUGUCAUUGCUACAACAGUAUCAUCUGCUGUAAAAGGCCAGUUGCAGGCCGUCGAACCCAACCUGACCAUGCCCCCACAGCUGAACUCAAGUGAAGACACUGACGCUGAUGAGGCCGAUGACUUUGAAUUGCUUGACGAGUCUGAAUUGGAGCAAAUUGAGAACGAAUUAGGACUGGAUCAGGGCCAAACAGCGAAUCAACAAGCCAAAGAUGGCAAGUCAGGUUUUCUGGCAAAUCUAUUGGGAGGUCAUUAAGCCUAUUUUCAGGGUUGGAGAAUAAACGUACAAACCACAUGUGAACAACAAAACAAACAGAAGCUACAAGCUUAUUUACUACUGUUGUUCUCAAAACAACAGCCAAACCUCAUUAAUAUGAUCUGGUGAAUAUUAAACUAAGUGCAGCAAUGAAAGAAUGAGAGAAGUGAAUUAGAGCUGCGCAGUUAUCAUCAUUUAAUAACCUAGUUAUUGAAGGAACUGAUUUGAUUUGUGUUAUUUGGUAUAAUGGGCCACCUAUUUUGUGUGUUGUUGUCUGACUAUAAUCUUUAUGCCUUGAAAUAACAGCAUGGAAACUAAUCCUGUCUUGUUAAUCUGAAUUGUUAACAAAUAGCUUUAAACGUUUGUGAGAAGAUUUGUAGCUCGGGUGCUCGUUGCUGUGGUUCUGUUCGCCGAGCUGAAAGUUUUUGUUGCAA